GACAUUUCAUAUAAUUUGUUGUUGGGGCUUUUCAUUACGUGCCCCUGCUGCUCCAGCCAAUUUUCAUAAAGAUUUUUCGUUUUUAUUUUGCACGCGGGUUGGAUCAAUCCUUUGGUGCAACAGUUACCAACGACUAAGGAAUAGCCACUGUUAACGUAUAACGAAUUCGGUGAAUAACUGUGCAAUGAUGGCAAUGUCAGCUAUGAAUGUUAUGAUCAAGCGAUCAGCCACUGCCGGAUUACAAAUGUUGCGGCCACAAGCUAUUGCUGCAGUUGGAUCCACUUUGGGCAGUGAGAAGCAGCAAACCCGCGGCGCAGCAAAAUGGUAUCCGGAUCCGGAAUUCAUGAAGCAAUUCAGUGGCCCUGUCAUGUAUCCCGAUGAGUCCACCGCCCUCAUGAAGCUACCACCUUGGAAUAGUAAAAUUUUGCCAGUGGAAAAGUCUGUACGUAAUUUGACCAUUAAUUUUGGACCACAGCAUCCAGCAGCUCACGGUGUGUUACGAUUAGUGCUGGAGUUGGAUGGUGAGACUGUCAUGCGUGCAGAUCCACAUAUUGGUUUGUUGCAUCGUGGUACUGAAAAGUUGAUUGAAUACAAAACUUAUACGCAAGCGUUGCCGUACUUCGACCGUCUGGAUUACGUAUCCAUGAUGUGCAACGAGCAAUGUUACUCCUUAGCCAUAGAGAAAUUGUUAAAUAUUGAAGUGCCAAUACGCGCUAAAUAUAUACGCACACUCUUCGCCGAAAUCACGCGUAUCCUCAAUCACAUCAUGGCUGUGGGUACGCACGCUUUGGAUGUGGGUGCGCUAACACCAUUCUUCUGGCUCUUCGAGGAACGUGAGAAGAUGAUGGAAUUCUACGAGCGUGUUUCCGGUGCACGUAUGCACGCGGCCUACAUACGUCCCGGUGGCGUCUCCUUGGAUAUACCACUCGGACUUUUGGAUGAUAUCUAUGAGUUUGCUUCGAAAUUCUCCGAACGUUUGGAUGAAGUGGAAGACGUGCUCACCACCAACCGUAUUUGGGUGCAACGUACUGCCGAUAUCGGUAUUGUAUCAGCCGAAGAUGCUUUAAAUUACGGCUUCAGUGGCGUUAUGUUGCGCGGUUCGGGCAUCAAAUGGGAUUUGCGUAAACAGCAACCGUACGAUGCAUACGAUUUAGUUGACUUCGAUGUACCAAUUGGCACCAAGGGCGAUUGUUACGAUCGUUAUUUGUGUCGCGUUGAGGAAAUGCGUCAAUCGUUGAGAAUUAUCGAUCAGUGCUUGAAUCAAAUGCCGGCGGGUGAAAUUAAGACCGAUGAUGCUAAAAUAACACCGCCCUCACGUGCGGAAAUGAAGAACUCCAUGGAGGCGCUCAUUCAUCACUUUAAACUCUUCACGCAAGGCUAUCAAGUACCGCCUGGCGCCACAUACACAGCAAUUGAAGCGCCAAAGGGUGAAUUCGGUGUUUACUUGGUGUCGGAUGGUUCCAGUCGUCCAUACCGUUGCAAGAUUAAGGCACCAGGUUUUGCACAUUUGGCGGCCUUGGACAAAAUCGGCAAACAACACAUGUUGGCUGAUAUUGUGGCGAUCAUCGGUACACUCGAUGUGGUGUUCGGUGAGAUCGAUCGAUAAACACAAGUAAUUGUUGUUGUAAUGAUAAAUUAUAGUCAAAUAUAAAGUGUAAAAUGGCGUUCUACGACAAACGGUGUUAAACAAAGAAAUGUUUGUAAUAAACAGAGUUUAUUGAAACGAAA